AUGACGACGGGCGGCGCCACCGACGGCGACACGUGGCUGGUCGUCGCCCUGUGCACCUCGCAGACGGUCGUGGGGGUGUGCGUGCUCGCGCGCGCCCACGUUCGCGCGUUUUGGGCGCGUUGCUCGGGCACGGUGUCCGGACUCUUCCAUCGCGAAAUCCACGAUCUCCUCUCGAUAUUGUCGCCGCAAUCGAGCGGCGCGCAUCGGACGCGGUCGCGGAAGACGCGCGUCGACUCGUUCGCGCGCGACGACGACGAGAACGCCAUGAAGAGGAAGAGAUCGCUCUCGAAGGAAAGCGGUUUUGGCGGCAGCGGCGGUAAUUCAAUCUCAAAACGCGACCGCGACCGCGAGGAACGUGUGCACUUCGACAACCUCGUGGGCGAGGUCUUCAGCAAGCAAAAAGAGCUCCUGCACUCGAAUGUGAUCAAGCACACGGUGAUCGCGGAGAGGGAAUUUGUCACCGCGUAUCGCGCGUCCCUUCGCAAUUCCACGUUCACGUCUCACGUGCGGAGCGAGCAAAAUUUCGUUAGAAACAACGACGACGCGAGCCUGCGGGUUCCGCCGAAAGGGACGCCAGAACGCGCGAUGUACACGAUAAAGGCGGUCACGCUGUUGAACGUCCUGUGGCACAGUAAGCCCGUCGCGCACGCGGUGAAGGACGCGUGCGGACUCGCGUUUCUCGCGGGCGCCGCCGCGUCGGCGGUGUGGUAUGCGCACAUCGCGUCAGGCGCGUCCCGCACACUGGUCCCCAUACGACCGCACACGGCGUCGAAGCUCAUCGUCGUCGUGGAAAAGUCGUUGGCCGAGGUGCUCGUCGGGUAUCGAUUCUUUCCCGCGUUUUUACUGCUCGGGCUCCUGACGUACAUCGUCGAGCGAUGGCGCGAUUUUCUGACGAACUGCCACACCGUGCAAGCGCGACUUCACGACAUCGGCGUCGCCGUCGGCGCCGCGAUCGUCGACCCGAGCUCCUUGCGCGUGCGUAAGAAAUUGUACACGUUGUAUCGAUACAUGAACGUCGCGCACGCGAAGACGUACGCGAGCGUGUGCGCGGCGCUGCCGCAGAGUAGCCAGGCGUGCAUCGCAUAUCGCCUGCUCACGGAUGAGGAGGUGAAUAUUCUAGAAGCGGUGGAGAACAAGUCCAGGGACGUCGUCAUCACGUGGAUCGGCGCGGUAAUCGAGGACUUGAUACGGUCGAACGACGUAAGAGAGCUCUCGAUACACUCGAUGCUCGUCCCGGAAUUGCGGGGGAUAUGCGCGCGACACAUGGACUUAUUCACGCGCAACAUGCCAAACGUGUGGUUCGCGACGUGCCACGUCAUCGUUAACUACCUCGUCAUCCUCCAGACGUUGUACCUCUCCGUGCAGCUCGACCCGGCCCAGGUCAUUGAAUCCGGCGAGACCUCCGACCACAGAGAGGUGUUGUUCACGUACGUCUUUUGCAACUGGGUGUUUUCGUUCAUGCUCGCGUCGACGUACUGGGUCGCCUCGAGCAUGGUGGAGGUCCUCGCGACGCCGUUUGGGUACGGAGACGACGCGUACAACGCGGACGCGUUGCUCGCGUCCACGGACCGCAUGUUGUUCGCGUCACUGCGCGCGAAGUUUAAUCUCGACGCCGCGGACGAAGGCGCGAGGCGACGGAACGCGCGGAGACGAUGGUGGAGAGCGACGAUGGAAUACAAGGGCGAAAAACACCUCGCGCGGUCGUUCGAUCACGACGACGGCGACGGCAAGAGCGCGCUUUCAAGUCUCGACAAAAACGGCGACAUCGGUUUCUUUGACGUGGUGAAACAGCUGUGA